AUGCAGGCCAAGCUCGUCCUCCUCUCCGCCCUCGCGGCCUCCGUCUCCGCGACCGUCGACUUCCACGCCGCCGUCGCCGCCCGCGAGGCCCCCGCGGCCCUCGCCCCCCGCCAGACCGUCGACGCCGAGUGCCAGUCGGCCGUCCUGUCCGCCGGCAGCUCCAUCCCCACGCCUCCCCCCGAGGUGGUCUCCGCCAUCGGCAACAACAAGCAGACGGACCCCUGCAGCUUCUCGACGCCCGCCUCCCUCUCCAAGGAGUUCGCCAGCUACUCGUCGCAGCUCGAGUCGUGGGCCUCGAAGAACAAGGACAUCCUGACCAAGUGCUCCGCCCUCGCCGACCUCAACACCAUCUCCGUCACCUCGUGCGACAAGAAGGGCGGUGCCUCCACCAAGGCCACCGGCGCCGGCGCCUCCUCCACCAACGGUGUUGCCCGCGAGACCGGCAUGGCUGUUGCUGCCAUGGCUGCCGCUGGCAUUGCCGCCAUUGCUCUGUAA